GAAAAAAAAUCUGAUUGGCACGUGUGGUGUUGAAGUUGUUUUUUUUCUUCUUCCAACAUUUGUGACCGGUGGUUGUGGUCCGGAUUUUAAAUCCCUCAACGUGGUGCUUUGGAUUUUAGGGCGCGAGUGCGCAGCGCCCUAAAGGUCACACAAAAAGCAACAACAUCGAAACCACUUUCAAUGGCACCCACUGCAGUCCUUGCAAUACGCAGCGCAGCACUGAAAUCCAUGGAUUUCUUUCGUGAAAUACACAAACGAGCGUUUAGUAAUAAAUUCUUACUUGUAACCAAUGUCGGCAUUUCACUCAGCCUAAGUACCGCCGGCGAUCUGAUCGAACAACAUUACGAAAUGUAUAGCGGCGAUUUGAAGGAAUGGGACAGGACACGUACUACAAACAUGGGCAUUUCCGGCAUGGGUGUUGGUGUGAUCUGCCACUAUUGGUAUAAAUUCCUCGAUCGGCGCAUGCCGGGACGCACAAUACGCGUGGUUAUGAAGAAAAUUGUUUUGGAUCAAUUCAUUUGUUCGCCACUCUACAUAUCCGCCUUUUUCAUGACAAUGGGCGCACUGGAAGACAAAUCCAUCGAAGACACCUGGAUAGAAAUGAAACAAAAGGCAUGGAAAUUGUAUGCAGCUGAAUGGAUGGUAUGGCCACCUGCACAAUUUGUUAACUUCUAUUGGCUGCCCACACGUUAUCGUGUGUUCUACGACAACAUCAUAAGUUUGGGAUAUGACGUUUAUACAUCGCAAGUGAAAAACAAUGAUUAAACUACAAGAGUUACUUAUAUUGUAUAUGCAUACAUAUGUAUAUAACCAUAUCAGAAUGUCCACUAUUGGAAUCAUAUGUGACAAUAUAAAUGUUUAUACCAAACAAAUGAGGCACUAAGCAAUUGAGCGCUGUGAAAAUUCUCAGUGAAUUUGUUUAUACUUGAGCUUGUUUACAACAAAAAUAUGUUAGUUGUACACUUUUGUGUUUUCUAAAAGCAAAAAUAAAUAUUUUUACAGAGAAGUAUAAUAAA